GAAACCUCAAAGCAGUAACAAGCAUUUCAAAAUAACGAAACCUACAUUGAAUACUUGAACACUUUCGAUUUUAGAAUUAUAUUAAUAUUUGGGAGCAAACCUUGAAACCAGACUUAAACGAAAGAAUGGAGCCCUAUAGGCCAGCAGUAUGGAUAGACGACACCAGAAUGAACGUUUUGUUUUCUCCUUUUCGGGAAAGGAAUUUAAAUCCAUCUUCAUGGACCCAGAAAAUGAAAUUUUGGAUUCAGGUCAUAGAAGAUGAUUUUAAACUUUCCAAUAAAUGUAUUUUCGAGCGAAAAUCGUUACCAUUGGCGUUUGCAAGAAAAGGAAAGCAACCAAACUGCUUGGAUACUGUUAUUGCGGAAAUGCUUAGUCUUGGAAAGAUUCGAAAACUUCAAGAAAAUGACAUUCUUCAAUCUUCAUCAGAAUGCAAUGGGAAAGGAUGGUUGACUUGGGGAUAUGACACUCUACUGAAGUCUCCUAUAGCCUGGGGCUGGAGUACACUUACCAAAGACAAAACAACGGAGGAUAACACAAGAUACAUUCUGGAGGACAGCUUAAAAAAUGUGUGCACCAGUCUGUUGCAGAGGCACCAGUGCCAGGCUUAUUGUGAUAUUGUGAGCAACAUUAUGGAGUACUCAGCUCUGUACAGCCAGUAUGGUGAUCUGUGUUCCUCCGAACUCGAGUUUAAGGUGGUCAUACAACAACUUGUGAAAACGAAGAAAGUAGCGAUCAGCACAAAAGUAGACACUGUUGUUGUAAAAUUUUGUUCACAUGAUAAUGAACAAGUGAAGGAAAUCACAGAAGAAGACUUACAAAUUUUGAGAAUUAAGAAGACUUCAAGCACACUUACGGAUAAAGUAGAAAAGUUAUCUGCUGUGGGAGAGAGAUUAAAAAAGGAAGCUAUUCAGUACAGAAAUCAAAGCAUGAGACAGCAUGCUUUAAGAACUUUCAGAGAGUAUAAGAGAAUUCAGGGGAGGAUUUCCAAAUUAUCCAACUCUAUAGACCUUUUAGAUGAUAUUCUACACAAAAUAAGUCAUGCUGCAUCAGAGGAGAUGAUUGUAAAGGCCAUUGAAAGUGGAGCUCAGACAUUAAAAAGCAUCAAUGAAAGGAAUGACUUGGAUAAAGUUACAGAUGUUAUGGAAGACUUAAAUCAGGCAAUACAAGACCAGGAGGACAUUCAGACUGAGAUGAGUAUGUUUGGUAAUGAAGACGAUGAGUCACUGGAUGCAAGUCUGGAGAAUCUUCUGAAGGAAGGUCAUUCAGCUGCAGUGGGAGAUCAUCCAGAUGUCAAGGGCACAACAGAUGACAAGGGAGAUAAGCGGUCAAGCACUGACGAACUGGCAGAUCUACUACUAGGUCUGAAGUUGCCUGAUGUUCCAAAUUUGUCACCAGAAAAAACACUGAAUUCUGCAGAAAAGGACCUUUAUGAGGAUGUAUUUGUUCCUGAUAUUUCUGUGUCAGGAGCCAAAAUGUCAGAAAAGACUAAGAAAAAAGAAGCUGAACAUGCAUGAUAAUUCUUAAUAAUGAUACCCUAUGUCUUUCAUUGGAUAAUUUAAUGAACAUUAAAUACAUAAAUGAACAUUAAAUACAUGCACAUGUUUUAGUGUGAAAACAAUUAUUUUUUCUGUCUUUUCAUAAUCAUGUAGACUAAUUCAGAAAAAAGUUAAUCUUUAUGUCAUAUUCUACUUUUCUAUUAUACAAAAAUCAACUUUAUUUUGAAAUUAUGUUUGCCCAAAAAAAAGAGCAUAAAAUGCAAAAUGAUGUUAUUUCCAAAUUUAUUUCAGAUACAAAAAUGUGCAUUAUUUCUGUAAAAUUCUGUUUGCUUAGCCUACUGCAAUUUAAUCUGUCUUCUGAAUUAUCUCUGCUUAUGAAAUAGAAAAGAAUUUAUUAUGCCCCCGUAAUCAGAGAUAUGGGGGAAGGUAGUAUUUGGUCUGUCUGUACACAAAAACUUUAACCUUGGCCAUCAUUUUUGAAUGGAUAGUGAUGGAGCUUUCAUAUUUCACAUGUGUAAAAUUUGUGACCUUGACCUUGGAGUUUUACCUACUUUUGAAAAACUUUGACCUUGGUCAUUACUUUUGAAUGGUUAGUGAUAGAAGUUUCAUAUUUGACAUGUGUAUUCCUUGUAACAAGACCUAUCCUUUGGUACCAGAGUUAUUGACCUUGUAACAUUAAAGGCCGGCAAUUGGGUAUAAAAGCAGCCAAUCGGUGAAAAUGGUGGAAUAUAUGAAUUUUCUGGUCACAUUCAGAUUGCAGCACUUAUUUUGCAAAUAUAAAGAUUAAGCUGUUGUACUGAAAUUUUAAAAUAGGUAUGCUUGUUCCCCUCAUAACUGUGCAUAUAUUGGCCAUAUCUAUUUUAGAUAUAAAUUCUCAUGAAGUUUUAAUUUUGGCCUCAAAAAUCUGAAGCAGGGCUAAAUUUGUAUUUCAAACUAGAGAUUGGCAGUUUGUGGGUGUGAUUAUCUUUUGUUAUUGUUUACACCGGAUGUUGACUCACAUAUUGCAGGAGCAUGCUUGUCUAGUUCUAGAUAAGAGGGAUUGCACCAAAGGUAACAUGUAAUCAAAUCACUGUAUAACGUGGAAAAAAAGUACUUACUCAUAUAUCAUUGGUAAAUCCAAAUUUUAUUUUUUAAUCAUAUAUAAUCACAUUCCAUUAAAAAAAUUGGUUAACUUUAUGAAAAUAACUCAUAAGGACUGUUCAGUCUGAUAUUACUGUUUCAGAGUUUUGCAGGAUUGCUGGUACCUUUUCUCGAAUAAUGCCAAGCAUGAUGUUUGUCUGAUUAAGCAACAAUCUCCUAGGCCAGUUGUGUAACUCCCAUUAAUUGUCUCUCACCAAUGAUGACAAAUGUCCAAUUGAUCAACCAUCACUCUAAAAUUACUCUCAAUCUGGACUCUUACAUGUGAACAUUACAAUGUCAAAAGAGACAAUCACAGAUAGUAGGUCUCCAAAUAUCAUAAUGGACAAAAUGUUUCUUAAUAACCCUUCAAUGCACAUGUCCUCCAUUGCACAGCUACAAUUUCCCCCCAAAUUCUUCUCAUAAUUGAAAGGUACCAAGAGGAAAAUCAUAAGUAUUAGUAUAUCAUAUAUACCAAUAUUUGUGUAUAUUAUAAAAAAAAAACUACAUGUUUUAAAAGACAUGGAUAAAACAAUGAUGAAUUCAUUUUGUAGUUCCUAGGGUGAAGUUUUGUUAAAGUAAAAACAUAGCCUUUCAGUGCCUCACAGAUCGAGCAGAGUGGUAGAAAAAUGCGGGAAAACUUUAGUUUAUUUUGAUAAAUCAUGUCAGUCUCCCUGUUCAAAAUAUCGUCUGCUACAGAGCACCUGUAGAGUCAAGCAUUAGAUUGCUGCUUAUUCUGAUAACACUGCUAAGCCCUGCCCUCUUGCCAUAUAUGCUUAAUUGCUGUAGGGGUGUAAAAUUUUCUAGGUUACUCCCGGCCUUUAAGCUUUGAGUUUGGCCUACUUUUGAAAAACAUCAACCUUGGUCUUAACUUUUAAACAGUUAAUGAUAGAGCAUUCAUAUUUUACAUAUGUAUUCCUUGUGACAAGAUCUUUCUUUUGUUACCAUAUUAACUUUGCUACCAUAUGGGAGCAUCAGUGUUUCACAAACACAUCUUGUUUUGUAGAUAUUAUCUUGCCAUUUAUCUUACAUGUAUGAACAUUGCUAUUUGUAGCACUUUUGAUAAUGUUAUUAUUUGUUACAAAAUUAUCACAAAGGUAAGCUGAUGUGUUUCCAUGAUAAAUAUGAAAAACAUGGUUUAACCUAGAUUGUGUAACUCUCUCAUCAAUUUUUAACAUAUUCAGAGAGUCUGUCUGAAAUGUUACAGAAAAUACUUUUUCUUGAAUCAAGGUUUAAAAUAAACCUUACAAAUUAU